AUGAACGGUUAUAGUGUAGAACAACGUGUGCGUAUAAUUAAAUUUUAUUACCAAAACCAGUGCUCCGUUAGAGAAACUUUCCGCGCAUUACGCGAUUUUUAUCCUCGACACAACCAUCCUGCUGAGUUGACUAUUCGACGUUUGGUUGCCAAAUUCGAGUCAACUGGUUCAAUAAAUUAUCAGCCAACACCCAUACGUCAACGAAAUGCAAGAUCCAUUGAAAACAUCGCUGCUGUGCGUGAUAGUGUACGGGAUAACCCAAGACAGUCAAUUCCUCGUCGUUCACAAGAACUUGGUCUUUCUGCGACUUCAACUUGGCGAAUUUUGCGUCGAGACUUGGGUCUGCACCCGUAUAAAAUCCAACUAACACAAGCACUUAAGGUAAACGACCAUCACAACGCCGUGUAUUCGCUGAUUGGGUUCUAG